GGAUGCUGGAUGGCCCGCUCUUCUCCGAGGGGCCCGACAGCCCCCGGGAGCUCCAAGAUGAGGAGUCUGGCAGCUGCCUCUGGGUGCAGAAGUCCAAGCUGUUGGUGAUCGAAGUGAAGACUAUUUCCUGUCAUUACAGUCGCUGCGCUCCUUCUCGACAGCCCAUGGAAUUCCAAGCCAGCCCCUGGGCCCGCGGGUCCCAGAGCCGCAUGUGUAGGCCGCGCCCGGGAUCCCCUGAGCCGCCUCCCCGCCGGCCCUGGGCCUCCAGGGUACUUCAGGAGGCGACCAACUGGCGGGCGGGGCUCCCGGCCGAGGUCCGAGCCCGGGAACAAGAGAAAAGGAAAGCAGCGUCGCAGGAGCGGGAGGCCAAGGAGACAGAGCGAAAAAGGCGCAAGGCUGGUGGGGCCCGACGGACUGCCCCGCGACGCCGCUGGGACCAGCCGCCACCCUACGUGGCUCCACCUUCUUACGAAGGCCCCCACAGGACCUUGGGGACGAAGCGAGGCCCUGAGCUCUCCCAGGCGCCCACCUCCGCCCCAGCUCUGACCCCAGCCAGGACAGAGGGAGGGCGCGCGAAGAAGAGGCUGGAUCCUCGGAUCUACCGGGACGUCCUCGGGGCUUGGGGUCUCCGACCGGGGCGGGGGCUCUUAGGGGGCUCUCCAGGUUGUGCAGCGGCCAGGCCCAGGCCGGAGUCUGUCAAGGGGGCUGCGAAGAAAAGCCCGGGCCAAACUGCUGCUGGCCUCAACAGUGGCAGCAGCGGUCGUUCCCAGGCCGACGCUACUGGUAGCCCAGGCACGGAGACAGCUCCUGCGGGGUCUGCUCCUGCGACCCCCAGGCCCCUGCGUCCCGCCCCCAGGUCUGGGCACCACCUCAAGGGCUCCAGGGAAGGGAAAGAAGGAAGGGAACAUAUCUGGCUCCCUAGAUGCUGGAUUCCUUCCCCUAAAAAGCAGCCGCCCCUCCACAGCCAGACCCUCCCCAGACCGUGGGCUCCAGGAGGCACGGGAUGGAGAGAGUUCCAGGGUAAGAGAGAAGGGGAGGGACCCGAGGCUCUGGGAGGUUGGAAGGCGACCCGCCGCGCCCACACCCUGCCCCGCAGCUCGCGGGGUCCCGCUCGUGGGGAAGGCGUCUUUGUCAUUGACGCCACGUGCGUGGUGAUACGAUCCCAGUAUGUUCCGACUCUGCGAACCCAACAGGUGCAGCUUUUGCAGUCUGGGGAGCCGCGCGUCGUGGGAGAUGGUCUAGGGCAACCCAAGGGCAGUAAGGAGGAGGGUGAGAGGGCCUCAGUCUUUCCCUCCGCCUGCCAGAAGCUGCUACUGAGCAGUCGCCUCUCGCACCAGCCCAGUGGGGGGCACGGGUGCAAAGCCGAGGGCAGGAAGCCGGAGGACUCCUCACCGGAGGAGCGCACUUCCCUCAUCUUGGGACUCUCGCUCGGCGAAGUCAACCGGCCCUGCCCCGCUGCGCAGCCGGGUAGCCCAGAGCGCGCAGCCUCAGGCCCGGCGCUGCGUGAAGCCGUGUCCCGCAUCCGCCGCCACACUGCCCCAGACUCAGACUCAGACGGAGGUGAGGAGCUCAGUGUCCACAGCGGCUCCUCUGAUGGAAGCGACGCAGAAGCCCCGGGCGCCUCCUGGCGGAAUGAGAGGACCCCGCCCGUGGCUGGCGACACUCCGCCCGGGGAAGGCGUGAACACAGCUGAGUUGAAGGGCAGUGACCGGGAGAUUCUAGAUGUCAUCAGCCAAACCGAACAGGCCCUCUUCCCAGCGAGGGAUACCAAGGGCACCCCCCCAGGGAAAUAGGGAGAGGCAGUGAGAGGCCCCUUCUCGUAUCAGUGUUUCCCGACUCAUCUGUCCUUGGGCCCAAGCGUCCCACAGAUUUCUUCCCCGCAGAUUUCCUUUAUUUCUCUUUUCCUUGUUUCCCUACCUAUUGCUGUUCCUAUACUUGAAAUAGAACUGAAAGGAAAGGAAGGUGUGUCCAGUCCCGGUUUUAUUUCAGGAGGCGUGAGGGUGAGCUGUAGAUUGAAUGCCUGCUACCUUCAGGGCAUAGGGUGAGGUCUUCAGCAGGAACUGCUGCGUUGUUGAGCAGAGAGCUGGCCAGGACCAGACAAGAGGGCAGGGCCGAGGCAGGGCAGGGCCCGUGGGUACAAGGAACAAAGUGAUGGAAAAGCUUUGGACCUAGUGACAGAGUGACCAGGUGCCAAAGGGAUUCUUGACAGAGGAUGAGUGGAAUGCAUCUGAAGCAAUCAGCAAAAGCAGGAAGAGGGCUAACCUUUCAGGGUCUCAAGUCUUGAGUUUUAAUCUCAAUUCUGCCAUUGACUCGAUGGUCAGCCUUAGACCAGUCACUUCCCCUCUCCAGGCCUCCAAGGCUCCUCGUAUGUGAUAUGAGAGCCUCUGUGGCCCACCCUAACAUCCCUGGAGUUUUAGGAUCAUUGGGAAGGGCUCUAAUUCUCUCAUCAAGCCACAAAGAAAGUUGGGAAUAAGUGAAAAGAAUCCGAGAGUUCCUCAGGUGACCUCCUUGUCACCUGCACCUAUUCUCAAUUCAGCAGACUUCCCAGGGUUUGUAGAAGAGCCGAGUGGGCAAAGGGCUGUUAUCCCAGUCCCUCAGGUCUAGAUGAGGGCUCCCCAGGGGAGGGCAGGGUAGUGGCCCUGUCACUGUCCCUGGCCUGUGGUGGUCCAAGCUGGGGAGGGAAGGUAGCCAAUGAAUCAGCUUGGGACCUCUUUAGGCCUUCCCCUUUUCUUCCACCCUCAUGUCCUUUAGUGAUGCUCUGGAGCGUUACUACGAUUUCCUACUCAGGUAACACUUGACAGAACCCUGAGAAUUUCUGCAUCUUUGCCUCUUCCAGAAUCCGGCCAGGCGAGGAAGGAGGCUGGUCCCUAAGAAACCGGGGUGUGGGGUGUGGUGCUCUCUGUGGCCACUGGGAGGCGCGCGCAGGUCGCGGAUUUCCCCGGUUGCUGGUCCUCGAGCCGGUCCCCCACCCCACCCCCAGCCCGGUCUGUC